AUGGCUUCCGUCAUGAGGUCCGUCCUUUCAAGAGGAUACGCUACUGCGUCAACCGUCAAGGCACCUAUCCAACUUAACUCUCUUACUGGAACUUAUGCUACUUCAACUUAUCUUGCAGCAUUGAAGAAAUCCCCUAAAGAUUUGGAGAGUUUAGCUAAAGACAUCGAAUCUUUCGAUAAGAAAAUCAAAGAUGAUUCAAAAGUAUCUGCUUUCAUCCAAAACCCAACACUUUCAGCAUCUGAACGAAACUCAGCACUCUCCUCAAUCCUCCCAUCUGGAUCAUCACCCAUCCUCCUUAACCUCCUCACCGUACUUUCCGAGAAUGGAAGACUCUCUUCCGCUCCUAAAGUAUUCGCAGAUUUCAACUCACUCAUCUCAGCUUACAGAGGUGAACUCGAAGUAGUAGUCACUUCAGCUGAACCUUUAGAUAAGCAAGCUUUGAACAGAGUCGACAAAGCUUUGAAGGGUACUGAGAUCGCCAAGGGAAAGACAUUGAAGGUCGUCAACAGAGUCAACCCUUCCGUUCUUGGUGGUCUCCUCGUCGAUUUCGGAGACAAAUCCAUCGAUCUUUCAGCUUCUUCCAAGGUCAGCCGAUUCAACGCUGCUCUUACUCGUGAGUGA